AUGGGAAUUCCUGGAUUUGCCAAGUACAUACAAGACAGUGCUAGUAGCUACUUUGAAAAUUACAAACUAGCCAAUUGCACUCUUGUAAUAGACGGGCACAGUUUAUCCUGCCAGAUCUACAAUUGGAACCAAGUGCCUGAACCAGAUGCGAGAUGCUUCAAUUGUUAUGGGGGAGAUUACGAUAAAUACGCACAUACCCUGAUGGGGUUCUUCCACAUGCUGCAGGAAGCCAACGUCAAGCCGAUUGUGGUGUUUGAUGGCGGGUUUGAGGCGAAAAAGCUUCCCACUAUCCUCAAAAGGAUGCAGGACAAGAUUGAAAUUGGAAUCCGAAUGGAUAGUGCGAUGGAGGUAGCGCAGCCCUGGAAGGUGGUUUUUCCGUUGUUUUUGCGGGAGACUUUCAAAGACGUUCUUAAGCAAUUGGCCAUCCCGAUGGCAAUGUGCCAGUUCGAAGGCGACACUGAAAUUGCCAGUUUGGGCCAUUCGCUCAACUGUCCAGUGCUCACGUUUGACUCCGAUUAUUUCCUAUUCGGGGUGAAAUACAUUCCGUUCAAGUCCAUAAGGAACAACGUUGUUAAAGUGAGUGGCUCAUCGGAUUCAUACAAAUUCAUUCCCUGCCAGCUGUACAGAAUCGAGAAGCUCCUGCAAAAAUUCCCGGGCUUGGAACUAGGAACGUUGCACUUACUGCCAGUGCUAGUGGGAAACGACUAUAUUAAAGCGGGAAUUUUCAGGGAAUUUAUCCGGGAAUUAUCCACUGAUAAAUCGCGAAGCAAUAUUGAUUUGGUGCUAGCUUGGCUGGCCAAUCAGACUCCUGAAGGGGCCGUCCUUAAAAUUCUGGACUCCUUUGAGACUUCCCAGGAACGCCAGAGGAUUCUCAAUGCCAUUGAGAAGAUCGUCACUUCGUAUCAGCUAACAGGCACCAAGCUGUUUCAGUACUUUGAUAUAAAAACCAAUGCCUCGAAUGGCUGGAAACAGUUGGACUUUGCAAGUCUCAAGGAAAAAUUAGUUGAAGGCCCCAGUAGCCCCAAGAGAGCUAAGCUGGAUACAAGCCCAAAUAAUAACCAGGGUGAAAUUCACGCCGAUUCCGAAGAACUCAAAGUAGCCCAUCUGGAGAACAAUAACAAUACCAGCCUAGUGACUGGGGUUUUUGAACAAAACUUCACCAAAUGCUUGUACCCGUCGUCGUUCAUGGACAUUCUCACUCAGCAAACCUACUACUGUAUACCGCAAGUGGAAAGCAGAGAGCUUGAAAGCCCCCAUAAAGUGUCUUUCAACAUUCUAAGGGCCAUACAUAAAAUUCUAGCCGGCGGUACUAACGGCUUACAAUCCUCCAAACAGUUUACAAUAGUCGCUCGUAGCUUCGGGUCGCGAGUGAAACACUUUAAGCAGACAACCUACUCAGUCUCAUUACCAUCUUUGGAGGAAGUUGAAAAAUUGUCGCUCAAAGAUAGAAGGGCUGUGUUAUUUCGCGUAUUGAACAUUGACUCUGAAAACUGUCCAGCUGUAUUGGAAAAGUUUCCAACUGAGUGGCAUAUUUUUUUAAUUUCCCUCCAAUAUGCCGCGUUAAACACCACGAUAGAACCUUCACUAAUGUACCCUCUAGUCAUAAUGUUUAUGAUUUUAAAUUAUAUUGACCACAAGAUUGGAUACUUCAGGUCUCCGCAGGCCUAUCGCAGUACGUAUAAGGCUGAAAUGCAGAACUAUCCCAAAAACACCAAACAUACUCCAGUUAGAGCAGACAGGAAUUGUUUUCACUCCCUGCUCAAGCAAGACUGUACAGUGUUUAUGAAAAAAGUUAUCCAUUUCUUCACCAGAAACCCCUAUGAAGAUUCUCAGCACUUUGAUGGGAAGCUGGUGCAUAAAAUCGCUGAAAUUCAAAGCUGCAUGUUACACAUUAAAUAUCUGAAUGGCCUACUGAAAAUGCCCUAUCCAGAUUUGAUAAUUCAUCAUAUUAUUAACUGUAGUUUUAUUUACAAUCUUACGAAGGAUGUUAGAAAAAGAGCGUUGCCGGAAGCUCGCUACUUUCAGGGAUUGUUUGAGGAUUGCCCCAGCAUUUCAGCCAGCUUAGAAUAUGCAAUACGGCAAAUCAAUAAGCUUAUUAUGUUAAAAAGCAGUUAG